AUGGGUUCGAAGAACAAACGGAAGAGAGACGGCGGCGAGGCUAAAGGAUCCGAUGAAGCAAACCAAAUGAUUAAGGAUCCAAGGUUUUCGUCGGCGCAUACGGACCCGAGGUUCCGUACGGUUCCGAGGCGUCAGACCAAAGUUGCGAUUGACUCUCGAUUCCAGAGCGUGCUCGCCGAUAAGGCGUCUGCUCCGGUCGAUAAGCGUGGCAAACGGAUGAGGAAAGGGAGAGGGAAGGAUUCUCUCAAGGAGUUUUACCGUAUAGACGAAGACGAAGAAGAGAAGAAGAAGGAAAAAAUGCAGGAAAAGGACAAUGAGGAAUCCAGUGAGGAUGAGAAAGAGAUUAUGGAUGAGGGGAAAUCCGAAGAAUCUGAAGAGGAAGAGAGUAAGAGUGAGAAAAAGCUUGGAUUGAAAUUGGAUGAAGAAUCUGAAUCUGACGAGGAAGCAGAGUCUGGAGAAGAAGACAGCGAGGAAGAAGAGGAUACUGAUGAGGACGACGAAGCUAUCUACGAAGACGACGGACCAGAAAUUCCGGAAGAGAAGAUAGCCACUAUCGAAAAAGAAACUCACAGACUCGCCAUUGUUGGCAUGGAUUGGAGACAUGUCUCGGCCAAAGACUUGUACGCGCUUUUGAAUUCGUUACUCCCAAAAGAUGGAAGCCUUUUGUCAGUUGCGGUCUAUCCAUCUGAUUUCGGACUUCAAAGAAUGAAAGAGGAGGAAAUCCACGGACCGGCCAUUGAAGGCCGCAAGAAGAAAGAAGACGGUGUCGACGACGAGGAUGAAGAUGAAGAAUCAUCUGAGGAGGAAGACGAGGACGUCAUCAAUGAGAAACUACGUGACUACGAGAAAAGUAGAUUAAGGUACUAUUAUGGUGUUGCGGUGUGUGAUUCAAGUGCUACUGCAGACUACUUGUACACAUCAUGUGAUGGGAUGGAGUUUGAGAGAUCCUCUAACAAGCUCGACUUGAGAUUUAUUCCCGAUUCCAUGGAAUUCGUACAUCCACCUCGUGAUACUGCCACUGAGGCACCUGCUAACUACGUAGGUUUGGAUUUUCAUAGUCGAGCGCUGCAGAUGAGUAACGUUAAUCUUUCUUGGGAUGAAGAUGAGCCACACCGCGUUAAAACCUUGAAUCAGAAAUUCAAACCUGAUCAGUUGGCAGAACUUGAGCUGAAGGAGUAUCUAGCUUCUGAUGAUGAGAGUGAGAGUGUAUCUGAGGAGGACGACAACGAAGGUGUUGACCGGAGUAAAGCAGAGAAGAGGAAAGAAAAGUACCGAGCCUUGUUUGAAACUGAAGGUGUUGAUUCUGAUAAAGACGGCGAGGAAGAGAAUGACCAGGAUAUGGAGGUGACAUUCAACACCGGGUUAGAAGAUCUGAGCCGUAAACAGUUGGAAAAGAAAGAAAAGAAGUCAGAAACGGUCUGGGAGUCGGUUCAAAGGCGGGUUCGCGAGAAGAAGAAAGCUAAGAAGAAUAAACAGAAUGAUGAUGAUGAUGACUCUUCUUCUCCGGAUGAUGAUUCUGAGGGGGUGAGAGAUGAUGGUGAUGACGAUUUCUUUAUGAAGCAACCCUCUCUUAAGAAGGAGAGCAAGAAGAAUAGGAAGAAGAAGGACAAGGAGGAGGAUGUGGCAGCAGCAGAAGAAAGAAGCAAAGCGGAGCUCGAGUUGUUGCUAGCGGAUGAGAAUGCAAAUGAUGGGAAUGCUCUCAAAGGGUAUAAUAUUAAACGCAAGGGUAAAAAGCAUAGUAAAGAGAUUGCAGAAGAGAAGAUACCUGCUGCUACUCUUGACGAUCCGAGAUUCUCAGCUUUGUUCUCGGAUCCUCACUUUGCUCUUGACCCUACGGAUCCAAACUUUAAAAGGAGUGCGACAUACGUUAGGCAAGUAGCUCAGAAGCAAAAGAAAGAUCCGAAAAGGCACGAGGAAGUGACAGCUGCGGAGGAGACAGAGGCGGAACCAGAGUUGAAACCAGAUGGUAAGAAAGAGAGACACGAGAUGAAUUCUGUUAUCAAAUCGGUGCAGAUGAAGAUCAAGGGUUCGGAGAUGAAAAAUGCGGGAAAUGCAGCUGCAGCUUCGUCUGCCAUGGCUCAACGAGUUAAGAAGAAAGCCAAAGCUUAUUCAAAUAAGUAA